CUGCUGCUGCUGUGCCCCGGGCCCGGCCGGGCUGCGGCGCAGGGCGAGGCGGAGGCGCCCAGCCCCUAUCUGUGGAAGACCGGUCCCUGGGGCCGGUGCAUGGGAGACGGGUGCGGCCCGGGCGGCGUGCAGACCAGGGCCGUGUGGUGCGCGCACGCCGAGGGCUGGACCACGCUGCACACCAACUGCAAGCAGGUCGGGAGGCCCAGUAACCAGCAGAACUGCUUCAAAGUGUGCGACUGGCACAAAGAGUUGUACGACUGGAGACUGGGGCCCUGGAAUCAGUGCCAGCCGGUGAUCUCGAAAAGCCUGGAGAGAGCCCUGGAGUGCACCCGGGGCGAAGAGGGCAUUCAGGUGAGGGAGAUCGCGUGCGUGCAGAAAGACAAGGACCUUCCCGCGGAGGACACCAUCUGCGAGUACUUCGAGCCCAAGCCACUCCUCGAGCAAGCUUGCCUCAUUCCUUGCCGGCAGGACUGCAUCGUGUCGCAGUUCUCCGUGUGGUCCGAGUGCUCCAAGACCUGCGGCAGCGGGCUCCAGCACCGCACGCGGCACGUGGUGGCGCCGCCCCGCUUCGGGGGCUCGGGCUGCCCCAACCUGACCGAGUUCCAGGUGUGCCAGGCCGGGCCGUGCGAGGCCGAGGAGAGCCUGUACAGCUUGCAGGUGACGCCGUGGAGCACGUGCGUCCUGCCGCACCUGCGACCCGCCAGGCAGGCCAGGAGGCGGGGCAGGAAUAGGGACCGCGGCAAGGGCGUCAAGGACCCAGAGGCCCGGGAGCUCCUCAAGAAAAAGCGAAACAGAAACAGGCAGAACAGGCAGGAGAACAGACACUGGGACAUCCAGAUCGGAUACCAGACCAGGGAGGUGGUGUGCAUUAAUAAAACAGGAAAAGUUGCUGACUUGAGCUUUUGCCAGCAGGAGAAGCUGCCAACGACUUUCCAGUCCUGCGUGAUCACCAAAGAGUGUCAGGUGUCUGAGUGGUCGGAAUGGAGCCCGUGCUCAAAAGUGUGCCAGGCUGAGACGUCGUCGUCCCCCACCGGCGUGCGCGUGAGGACUCGAACCAUCAGGCAGUUUCCCGUGGGCAGUGAAAAGGAGUGUCCGGAACUUGAAGAAAAAGAAGCCUGUGUGGCCCCAGAAGAUGCGGCUGCGCCCUGUUCCACGUAUGGCUGGAGGACCACAGAGUGGACGGAAUGUCGCGUGGACCCCUUGCUCAGCCAGCAAGACAAGAGGCGAGGCAACCAGACUGCCCUCUGUGGAGGGGGCGUCCAGACCCGGGAGGCGUACUGCGUGCAAACGAAUGAUAACCUCCUAGCGCACUUAAGCACACACAAGGACAAAGAAGCCUCAAAACCAGUGGACUCCAAAUUAUGCACUGGCCCUGUACCUAACAGCACACGGCUGUGCCACAUUCCCUGUCCAAUCGAAUGUGAGGUUUCACCCUGGUCAGCUUGGGGACCUUGUACUUACGAGAACUGCAAUGACCAGCAAGGCAAAAAAGGCUUCAAACUGAGGAAGCGGCGCAUUACCAAUGAGCCCACGGGAGGUUCCGGGGGGACUGGGAACUGCCCUCACUUACUGGAAGCCAUUCCCUGUGAAGAGCCAUCCUGCUAUGACUGGAAGCCGGUGAGGCUUGGAGACUGCGAGCCAGAUAAUGGAAAGGAGUGUGGCCCAGGCACACAGGUUCAAGAGGCUGUGUGCAUCAACAGUGAUGGAGAGGAAGUGGAGAGACGGCUGUGCCGGGACGCCAUCCUGCCCAUCCCCGUGGCCUGCGACGUCCCGUGUCCCAGGGACUGUGUGCUCAGCGCCUGGUCCCCCUGGUCUUCGUGCUCGCACACGUGCUCAGGAAAAACAACGGAAGGCAAGAAGACGCGAACGCGCUCCAUCUUGGCCUUCGCGGGUGCAGGCGGGAUUCGCUGUCCAAACAGCAGUGCUUUGCAAGAGACUCGCAGCUGCAAUGAGCACCCUUGUACCGUGUACCACUGGCAAACUGGUCCCUGGGGCCAGUGCAUUGAGGACACCUCAGUGUCGUCUUUCAACACCACUGCAGCUUGGAAUGGAGAGGCCUCGUGCUCUGUGGGGAUGCAGACAAGAAAAGUCAUCUGCGUGCGUGUCAACGUGGGCCAAGUGGGACCCAAAAAGUGUCCUGAAAGUCUUCGGCCUGAAACUGUGAGGCCUUGUCUGAUUCCCUGCAAGAAGGACUGCAUUGUGACCCCCUACAGUGACUGGACACCAUGCCCCUCUGCUUGCAAAGAAGGGGACUCCAGAGUCAGGAAGCAGUCUCGACAUCGAGUCGUCAUCCAGGUGCCAGCCAACGGAGGCCGGGAUUGCACAGAACCGCUCUAUGAAGAGAAGGCUUGUGAGGCUUCUCCAGUGCGCCAGAGCUACAGGUGGAAGACGCACAAGUGGCGAAGGUGCCAGCUAGUCCCUUGGAGUGUGCAGCAGGACGUCCCUGGAGCACAGGAGGGCUGUGGGCCUGGGCGCCAGGCCAGAGCCAUUACUUGUCGAAAGCAAGACGGAGGACAGGCUGGGAUCCACGAAUGCCUCCGGGACGCCGGCCCCGUGCCAGCUCUCACCCAGGCUUGCCAGGUCCCCUGCCAAGAUGACUGUCAGCUUACCAGCUGGUCCAAAUUUUCUCCAUGCAAUGGAGACUGUGGUGCAGUUCGGACCAGAAAGCGCUCUAUUGUUGGAAAAAGUAAAAAGAAGGAAAAAUGUAAAAAUUCCCAGCUAUACCCCCUGAUCGAGACGCAGUAUUGUCCUUGUGACAAAUACAGUGCGCAACCUGUGGGAAACUGGUCAGACUGCAUCUUGCCAGAGGGGAAGGCAGAGCUGCUCCUGGGACUGAAAAUGCAAGGCAGCGAUGUUAAGGAGUGUGGGCAAGGCUACCGCUAUCAAGCAAUGGCGUGCUAUGACCAAAAGGGCAGGCUCGUGGAGACGUCCCGAUGCAACAGCCACGGUUACAUCGAGGAGGCCUGCAUCAUCCCCUGUCCCUCCGACUGCAAGCUCAGCGAGUGGUCCAACUGGUCCCGCUGCAGCAAGUCCUGCGGCAGCGGCGUGAAGGUUCGAUCCAAAUGGCUGCGUGAGAAACCGUACAACGGAGGAAGGCCCUGCCCCAAACUAGACCAUGUCAACCAGAUCCGUACACUCCUUGUGCAUAAACGUGAGUGUAUGUCAAAGGAGAGAAAAAUGGUGGAGUACACGGCUGAGUCGCUGGAACCUUUCAGUUUUGUCUGGGCCUUUGUUAGAGCUUGGAAGAGUGACUCAAUAACUGUGGUCAAUAGCCAUUACGUGCAAUCCGUGGGAGACAGACAGAAAAAUGAUCCGAAGACGAACAGUGAUCCAGCCCUUUCAGGGGGACGGAAGACCGUGCCCUUCCCUGAUGGAGCAGUCCAAGCCCUGCCCAGUGAAGCCUUGCUAUCGGUGGCAGUACGGACAGUGGUCUGCGUGCCGAGUGCAGGUACCAGACGUGAGAGGGAGGCCCAGUGCGGAGGAGGAACCAGAACAAGGAACAUUUCCUGUGUAGUCAGCGACGGAUCGACUGAUGAUUUCAGCAAAGUGGUGGACGAGGAAUUCUGUGCUGACGUUGAGCCCAUUGUAGACGGCGAUAAGAAAGUGUUUCUGGAGGAACCCUGCACCCAACCUUGCCCAGGUAACAGCAGCAGAACACAGCCUAUUUGGGGGUUUCCUCCCAGGGCCAGGGUCGAAUGCAUGCAGAACACAGCAGAUGGCCCUUCUGAAGUUGUGGAGGAUUACCUCUGUGACCCAGAGGAGAUGCCCCUGGGCUCUCGAGAGUGCAAAUUGCCUUGCCCUGAGGACUGCGUAAUGUCUGAGUGGGGUCCAUGGACCCUUUGUGCUUUGCCCUGCAAUCAAAGCAGCUACCGGCAAAGGUCAGCGGAUCCCAUCAGACGACCUGGUGGUGAAGGAAGGGCCUGCCCUGAUGCUGUCGAAAAGGAACCCUGUGUCCUGAACAAAAACUGCUUCCACUACGAUUAUAACGUGACGGACUGGAGUACUUGUCAGCUGAGUGAGAAGGCAGUGUGUGGAAAUGGCAUUAAGACAAGGCUGUUGGACUGUGUCCGGAGCGAUGGCAAAUCCGUGGACCUGAAGUAUUGUGAGGAGGUGGGUGACUGCUACUUGGAGGAUUGGUCUCCGUGGAGCCUGUGUCAGCUGACCUGUGUGAAUGGUGAGGACCUCGGCUUCGGUGGAAUACAGGUCCGAUCCAAGGCAGUAAUUAUACAAGAACUAGAGAAUCAACAUCUUUGCCCAGAACAAAUGUUAGAAACAAGGUCAUGUGAUGAUGGGCAGUGCUAUGAGUAUCAGUGGAUGGCAAGUGCUUGGAAGGGCUCUUCCCGGACAGUCUGGUGUCAAAGGUCAGAUGGUGUAAAUGUAACAGGGGGCUGCCUGGUGCUCAGCCAGCCUGAGGCUGACAGGUCCUGUGACCCGCCAUGUAGCCAGCCCCACUCCUACUGCAGUGAGACCAAGACUUGCCGCUGCGAGGAAGGGUACACUGAAGUCAUGUCCUCCAACAGCACGCUGGAGCAGUGCACACUGAUCCCCGUGGUGGUGAUGCCCACAGUGGAAGACAAGAGGGGGGACGUGAAAACCAGCCGUGCGAUACACCCAACCCAGCCCUCCGUGAAUCCAGCAGGCAGGGAGCGAAGCUGGUUUCUGCAGCCGUUUGGGCCAGAUGGAAGACUAAAGACCUGGGUUUAUGGUGUCGCAGCUGGGGCAUUUGUGUUACUCGUCUUUAUUGUCUCCAUGAUUUAUCUAGCUUGCAAAAAGCCAAAGAAACCCCAAAGAAGGCAAAACAACCGACUAAAACCUUUAACACUAGCUUAUGAUGGAGACGCAGACAUGUAACGUGUAAUUUGUCCUGGCAACAACCAAUUUUGGCUUUCUGCCUCUCUGCUUGGCCAGCAGAGAGAACAAUGGCAGUGUCCAAACUGUGGAUCAUAAUGCAUUUUAACUUUUUAAAAGGGCAUCAGAAAGAAAGGAAUGCGAGUCACAUUGCCACUGGAAAUCUCAAGACAGAACUAUUGAUUGGCACAUGGACCAUCCACUCUAAGAAUUCUGGAAGAUGUAGUUAAAUACGUGGUGCGUUUUGAGAGUUGUAUGUCAUCUUUCUUGAAAUCUACCAGUUGAAAAACCACUUUCAUCUGUCAAAACGAGUGGUGAAAUUGGCCAGAUGGGAAUUCCUGACGCAGGACUGUUCGCAGUAUUUAAAGCCACAGAACAUUCUAGCAUGAAGAGUUUAUACCACAGCCUCUACAGUACACUAGUCAAAUAUACCAACAUGUAUACUCCACUGAAUGGCCUUCAUUAUAAUUUCAUAUUAUGUGCUUGAUAAUAAGCAACCUUAACGGUAGAGGUCAGCUCCAAACUGAGCAGAAACCCCGUGGAAUAAAGUCAGCACCCUUAUGGUGCUUGGUGCCACUUAUUGACUUGCAUUUGAGAGACAAAGACUCUUUUUUUUUAAGACUUCAUUCUUGUUGCUCCACAGUGUACAAAUGCUGAACCUGUCCUAGUACCUUAGAAGAAAGAGUCCUCCACUUCCGUAUUUUAUAGUGGUUAUCCUGGAAAACUGAUUUGCUUAUGUUGUUACAUUUCUACUUUCCCUAAUUUUCAACCUGGUUUCCUGUAUCUUUUUUGCUACCUGGAAGGCACAUUCUUGCACUAUAUUAGUGCAGCAUGAUGGGUACCUAACCAGUAUUGCCGUAGAAACCGCUUUCUCUUUUCAUACGGGAUGGAGACAUCUGUGCCCGGAGUGGCCUGGAGACAUUUGCGAUUUCUGGUACCCUGAAGAGUGUAAAGUUCAGCGUGAGUGGUGACAGGGUGGAAUGGGUCUUGCACCUGCUGUGUGCACCCUGCCUGCUCGCUGCAGCCUCUGCAGACCUGGCAACACGGCUGUAACCCCAAUGUUGAGCUCCCCGGCACAGGAGCCCUCAAAAGGCAGAUCCUGCUAGUUGGUUUGUAAUUGCUCUUUGAAGACUGUUUAUGACUAGAUUUUUAUAUUUGUUAUCUUUGUUAAAAAAAAAAAGAAAUGAAAAGAAAAAAAGGAACUGGUUGUCUUUUUAAUGCCAAGCAGAUGGAAAAAUAAUGUAUCGAUGAUUUUUGUAAUGAAAAGAAGUCAAAAUCAUGUGUCCAUUCUUCUUUCUCCCUGAUUCAUUUUCUCAGCUUAAGAUACGAAGUCUGUCCUACAAGCACUAUCUCUAAACCCCAUUGUCUUUUGUCUCUGUCACUGAUUUAUUUUGAAUCAGUCUUUUAAAUAUAUGAUUUCAAAAACUAAAAUUUGAAAGAGGGAAGAAUGAGCUUCUUGUCUGGGACUUCAUUAAGUAUCUACAUCAAGAGUGGCAAACAUUUUCUCUUAAGACUUGAAUAGUAAAUAUCUCCAGCU